AUUUUUCGAAAUGCGAAAACUAAAAACUGUUUCGGAAUAUGUUUAUCGUAGGCACAAUGGUGUUUGUGUCUUGGUAGCAACAUUAUGAAAUUCUUUCGCCAAUCGCCAACUUGUUGGAAAACUCCAUUCGCUGGAACUAAGUCUGCGCCGUUAUACAAAAUAUUGAUUUUGGGUUGGAACAGAAUGGUGUAGUGGUAACAAUUUUCGCCUAAGCGUUAAUCUACAUCAUCGUUUCUUCUCGAAAACAAUGUCGAAAUAGUACAGUUUUUUAAAAUUUGCUCAUCAAUCAAACAUAAUUUUAAAUGUGGUUAAUUAAAAUUAAAUAUUGCACAGUCUCUCGGAUCCCACUUCGAAAAUAUUGGUCCUGCUAAUGGUCAUCCAUAUGUUCCAUUGAAGUCUUGUGUUCAAAAUAUUUAUAUGUGGUCCUGGUAAAUUAUGUUGAAUGUGAUGAUUCCUUUGAUAGUUGAAGUGUGAAUCAGUUGCUAUUGUAUGUAUUUACCUAUAUGUCUUACACUACCUGGUCAAUUUGGGAGUAAAUAGCUGAUUUUGAUACUACAUAAGAUAUAUGCACUGUAGGCUUGGUUUUCCAAUGGCUUCAUUUAGAAACAAACAGAAAUGACCAGCUUGACAUUGGCAUUAGACAAUGAUGUGAGUGAAGGCAUUGAACGGAUCACUAAAUUAUUUCCCAAGUGUCGACCCAGAAGUGAUAUCAAUCUGAAUCGGAUCAUAAGUUUGGAUCAUGAACCAAAUGAGAGCAUCUCACAUAGGGUCAUGAAUAUCGAAAGUGAAAACGAUAGAUGGCUGGCAGAUAGCUCUUGUAUAAGCAAUCAGCUUCUUCGAGAGGAUGAUAACAUUCUAAUUGACCAUGAACAUCCAGGGGGAACCUACAAACUUAGAGAUUCUAGAAUUAUUGAAAUAGCUGGAGGUCGUGAAAUUUACUCCCAAAGUCGAAGUAAAGCUGUAAGGAAAUGCCGAAAUGUAUGUCUCUCGGAAGAUUGUGAAAAAAGAUCUGUGAAAUCGCCUAUGCACCAAGGGGUGUGGGAAUUGAGGGGGCGCAACCAUGAUAAUAAAAAACUAAGCAAUUCUAGAUGUUAUACAGAGACUGUUUUUUCAUCGGAGGUUAGUUCUGUCACACAUAAGAAUGACAAGCACAGGGAAAGCCCAGAAAGAGAGGCAUCACCUAGUCCUUUAAAGGUGUCAUGUCCCGGAGAUGUAGUUGUGUUCGAUGACAUAGGUGAUGAGUGGCAAAUGGAUGUUAAAAAAAUGGAAAAUAAUUACACUGCCCACAACCUUAAGCCAGUUGAUAAAGAGUGUGACAAAGUGACCAAAGUUAUAGGUUCUCUACCAAUAGCAGUUUAUGAGGGUUCCCCAAGGAGAUACGGAAUAAGACCUGUUGAAAAUAACUUUCACUCACAGCUUCCUAGCGCACAAAGUCUUAUAGCUUCUUCGAAUAUUUACCCACCAAGACCUGGCUUUCCUCAGAGAGUCGUUUCCAGUCCUAGCGAAAACGAGAAGCCGCCAUUAGAAAAUAACCAAUUUAAGGUCACGUCUCCUCCUUCAACCACCAACUCAACCUUCGAUUACCUAUACGAAUUUUCUGAAACAAGGAAGGUUUUGGAGGAAUUUUUUAAAUGUCCGCCGCCAGACGAAGAAAACAGAUUGGAAGAUGAGUUUCAAGAUCUUGAGUAUGAACUUCGGAGGCAAGGUAGUGAUUCUGGAAAUUCGUAUGUGGGACAGAGGCUUGCUAAAACAAGACCAGAUUCUACUGAAUUUUGUCUACACAUUGAAUCGCCCAUGAAAUUUUCUAAUAACUUCAGCAAUUUACAAAAUCAUGAUGUCAAUGAGCUCGAGAACAACUUCUUAGAUUUAUCAAUUGGAACUGGUUCAAGUGGUGAUUUAGGAGAAACAGAAGUUGGUUUGCAGGUGGUGCAUGGUAGAAAUUUUACCCUUUCCCCAGAGACAACAGACUGCGACUCAAAUUGUGGUGAUUUAGAUAGUGAAGUAUCAUUGAUGUUGAUGGAGAAUGAAAUGGGACCUGUUUCUGGACAUUUAGGAUCGUCUUCUGAUUUGAUUCCGGGUGAUACAAUACCUUUGUACUCGAGAAUGCCUGUAUUAGAUGAUGCGAUGUCUUCAGAGCACGCUAGUGAUACAGAUAAUAAUAAUCCAACGGUAAUGUUGAUGAAGAGGCAGAUAACGGAAAUCGAGAGAGAAAUCAACCAAGGAAUGUGUAAACAGAAACAAAUAAAAAAUUCAACAGAGAAUGGUUUGUCACCAAGUAAAGAAUGUAUUAUAAGUACCACUCCAAUUGGUAUCAAUGGUUGUGUUAAUCACUUUGAAGAACCACACGUCUUACCGCAUAUUGAUACAUCACUAGAUAAAACACCACCCCCACCAGCUCCUGUACCUCAUAGACUGAUACAAACAGAAAAAACAAGUGAUGUGGAGGCAGCUAUCAAAGAUAUUAGGUUAACCUUGCAAAGAACUAAAACAUUGCCUGCUAAAUGUCGUCCUGAAGAAGAGGCUGAUGUUAUUGUAGGAAGCCCAGUUUGGGUGCCAAGACAAAGAGGAUUUUCCAAUGAAAGUGGGGAUUCUGAUAGAAAAGGAAACAGUGGCGAUGAAGAAGAGAAUGAUACGGACCUGGAAACUGACAGACUUCUUGGACAGCAAAGAACGGACGAUCAGAGCUUCUAUGAUGACAAGGGUUGCAGAAAACCUAAAAGUCGGACCAUUAUGCCUCUUCAUAGUCAUUCCAAUCACAAACAGUUACUUAACACCAUGGACGAAGUUAAUGUACCCUUAGUCCAAAAUGAAUCCCCAAACUCGAAUCCUCCCUCUCCCACAGCAGAUUCUGACAAAAGCCAACCAUCACAAACUCCGAAGGGAACUGUUUCAUCGGGCAAAGUCAAAAAGGAGAAAGACACAAAAAAGAAGGGUCGCAGUAAAGAAGAUGUUAUACAACGUUCAGUGCUCAUAGAGGGUGUUCUAUUUCGAGCAAGAUACUUGGGAUCCACCCAAUUGGUUUGCGAGGGCCAGCCAACAAAAACAACAAGGAUGAUGCAAGCUGAAGAAGCUGUGUCCAGAAUCAAGGCAUUGGCUCCUGAUGGUGAAUCACAACCCAGCACGGAAGUAGAUCUGUUCAUCUCCACAGAAAAAAUCAUGGUUCUCAACACCGACCUGAAGGAAAUAAUGAUGGAUCACGCUCUUCGAACAAUUUCCUAUAUUGCCGAUAUCGGUGACUUGGUAGUUUUGAUGGCAAGACGCCGAUUCGUUCCUCACGAGAUGGAGGAAGCCCCAAAGAUCAACCGAACCCCGAAGAUGAUUUGUCACGUUUUUGAAAGUGAAGAAGCUCAAUUCAUUGCUCAGUCUAUUGGUCAAGCCUUUCAGGUUGCCUAUAUGGAAUUUCUCAAAGCGAACGGAAUAGAGGAUCAUAGUUUCGUCAAAGAAAUGGAUUACCAGGAAGUUCUCAACUCUCAAGAGAUAUUUGGGGACGAAUUGCAGAUGUUCGCUAAGAAAGAGAUGCAAAAAGAGGUCGUCGUUCCCAAAGCGAAAGGUGAAAUUCUGGGUGUGGUUAUUGUGGAAUCUGGAUGGGGCUCGAUGCUUCCUACAGUUGUGAUAGCUAACUUGGCUCCUGCAGGUGCAGCUGCUAGAUGUGGUCAACUCAACAUAGGAGACCAAAUAAUAGCCAUCAAUGGUGUUAGUCUGGUCGGUUUGCCUUUGUCCACAUGUCAGAACUAUAUAAAAAAUUCCAAAAAUCAGACAGUUGUCAAGUUAACUGUGGUCCCCUGUGCUCCAGUUGUCGAGGUGAAGAUUAAACGACCAGAUACCAAAUAUCAACUUGGAUUCAGUGUUCAAAACGGAGUUAUUUGCAGUUUAUUGAGAGGUGGAAUUGCGGAAAGAGGAGGUGUCAGAGUUGGCCACCGGAUUAUUGAAAUAAACAAUCAGAGUGUAGUUGCAGUACCACACGAGAAAAUAGUUAAUUUACUUGCUACUUCUGUAGGGGAGAUCUUGAUGAAAACUAUGCCGACCUCCAUGUUCAGGUUAUUAACAGGACAGGAAAACCCAAUAUAUAUUUAAAGGAAACCUUCAGGAGGUCAGAAAGUGCCUACUUGUAGUUGAUAUUUGAACAAUCCUCAGAAUUGCUUUGAUUCGAUCAUGCUUUAGUCGCUGAUCAAUAUAUUUUUUAUUCUUAGUACAAUAAGUUCUACAGACUGAACGACAAUACAUGACCUAUGCACUUGCACAAUGCGUCGAGCUUUUGUGAUCAUAUUUGCUUGUCGCAUAAUAUAAAAUUUGAUUUGUUGUGAACGUGAAUGCAUAAACCAAAGAUAUUGGCUUAAUUUUGUAAACAAACAAGUUUGUUUCCUAUGAUUUGAAAUAAUGGAUAGGAAUAUGAAUGUUGAAAUUAUAUGAUUCUUUCUAGUUUUGUCAUUUUAUUGGGACUCAUUUCUAUUAUUUCUUAAUUAUUGAGUGUCCAGGUGGAAUUAUUUUACUGAAUAAUAUUGUUUGACUGUAGGAAAUUGGCAUUUUUCCAGAACGUCCAAUUAUGUUGAAUAAUCCUUUAUUCUGUGUUGAAGGGUUCUGUUUCCCAAAUAUCUCUUCGGCAACGAUAUGAAAAAGGACUACGUUUAUGUUGAGGUCUUUGAUGAACUUUUAUUCAAUAUCGUUUUUAUUUGAAAUAGUGAAUAGGUUAUGAAGAAAUGAGCCAUUUGGAAAAAAAAAUCCGUUGAUUCUUUCCGUAACAGUUAUGCAGGCUAAAAAUGAUCUGUAUAGAAUUAUCUAGUCGUCUGAGAAGCUUUUAUUUUAUUUAUUUCAUCGAAUGAUGCUUUAGCUCUUGAAUCCUUUAUAAUAAAAACAAUUUUCGUUAAAUAAGUUGUUACAUAUUUAGCAUUGCAUUUUAUGAAAAAAAUAUUCUGGAAUACAUUAUGGAAUAUUGAAUUACCAGAUGAACAAAUGUUUAACCGAAAUUUUCCCAAUUUCAAGCUAUUUGAGUGUGAAAUAAUUGUAUUAUGAUUAUUGUCAUAGAAUAUUUUCUAUUAAUAUUGCGCAAAGUAUAAAUUUUCAACAUUUUUGGUGGGUAUAUCCGUAGGUUUCAAAUCAAAAAAAUAUUUAGAUUAGGGAGAAAAGAAUUCCACGUUUGUGUUAUUUACAAUUUGUCCGGCUAUUCAGUGAUUUUUCCUCAGUUAGGUGAAUAAAAAUAACCCAUCAUUAAACUGUAGUUGAAGAACUUUGUUUUUAUUUGUGGUGUAAAUAACUGUAUAAACUGAACAUUCCAUAAUAUGUGUUUCUUUUACAUGAGGUGGAGACUAUAUAGUAGAUUAUUUAUUUUCAUAUUUUGAACAAAGGUCUUUUAACAAGAUUGCUAAUGUUCGCAUUGAACCAAAACCAUUCACCAAAUUAUUUGCGCUAAUGUGAAACUUAAAAAAGGAAUAAUGUUGAUACAACAUUAUACUAAGUGAAUUUUUAUUUGAAAUUUCAUCCAUCGUCCCAUUUGAAUUGAUUUCUCUUUCAUAGAUUAUAGUUGGAGCCAAUAUAUGUAUUAGUGAUCUAAAGUAAGUUGGGAUAUGCCCAUUUGUUUUAUAUUCCUUAUCUUUGAUUCACCUACCCAAAACUAUUCUUUGGGUAUAACCAUAUCAAAUAAGUUUUAUAUUUAUAAUAUCAUGGUACUUGAACUCUUAUUAACAAAUAAUUACCUAUACUUGCUGCAAAGUUUAUGUGUAAUUGAUAUGUACAAAUAUAUUACUUAUUAAAGCAGAAUGAGCUUA